GACGCCUCAGUCAAGUCGUCGACUGCUUCCACUCGCGUGGGGAUUCGGUAUUUUCAUAGGUGCGCUGGCGGCAAGCUGCUGCUGAUUCGGUCAUGAUUCAUCAACCCACAUUCGAGGAGGAUGCGGCCUGUUUGGCUGGGAGCCUGGGAGGCGAUGGCCACUUCACGUGUACUGCCGUGCCGUCACAGUCACAGCGCAGCACCGACCCCCCCAAGCCAAACCAAUGCCGCCCCGCAGGACCACGCACCGACCGACGCAGGUCCGGCUCGGCUCGGGCUCAGCUCGUUUCCUGAAGGUCGGGAACCAUGGACUGCGGGUUCGUUGAGUGAAGGAUCGUCCAGCCAGGCACCCUCGCGUUCUUCCCCUCCAAUACCACCCCUUCCCUCCUCUCCUCCGUCGAAUCCUCGCGUUCCUAUCCUCGUUUGCUCAUGCUGCUUCGGGUCAGCGACACUUGGGUGGGAGCCGGCGAGUUCCGCCAUAAAAAAAUGCCUCUGGAGCGGCAAUCCCCCCCGGCACAUUAAUUGAAGGCCAGGAGACCGUCCGCCGUCCGGCGGACCAUCCGCUGACCGCGGAUCGUGUAAAGAUACUGUAUGUUUCAGACGGGCGUCCAGGCUCUGCUCGUGCUGCCGUCCGUCCCAACAUUGGAACGUUUCGGUCCUUCGGAUCCGCGCUCGGAGUGGCACUCCCGUGAUAUCCGCGCUCACCACCCCCCCUGAUAUUUACAACUCAAUUCCCGUCCCCCGGCGCGAAUCGUCUGAGCACCUUACCGCACCUUGCCGCACCGUGCCGCACCUUGCCGCACCUUGCCGCGGCCUUGAAGUAGUAGUAGUACCGCAGCAUACUUCUCCGCACUAGUUGUAUCCGCAGCCCUCGAGUAGAGUCGGCAGAAGGCCCCGAGUAAGGCGUCACGGAUUACGAGACGCCUGCCGCUAGGAAGUCAAAUCCCAAGGCGCGAUUCCCAACUCUGGAGUCGGACUGCACGGACCUCAAAGGCCGUCCUCAGGGAAGCUCAAGAGUUCAAUAUACACGCUAAGCGGUGGCGUCUCGGCUCAGCCGUUUCGAUUCGAAUCCCACCUCCAAGAUAGCGUCCGCUUGGGCGGCAACCCUAGGAACUGCUUACUACUAGGGUCGCUGGGAGGUGCUUCGAGGCCGCCAUGCCGCGUUCGUCUGAAGCAAUGGGUUCGAAUUCUCCACCGCACAAGGCGUGGUCCCGAGAGGAGGACGCGGUUCUGCUGCGCCAUGCGCUGCAUUGCGGCACGAGGCGGUGGGGAGCGCUGGGAAGGAGCGGUCGUCUGAAGAGAAACAACAAGUCGUGCUGUAACCGCUACAUCUUCCUCAGAAGGAAGUUCCUCGACCGCUUUCAGCAGCACCUCUGGAGGGAACACUUGCACGCCGCCGCACCCCCCUGCCGCAUUCCCAUGGCUCAGAGUCCGCCCCUACAUCAUGGCCAGCAGCAGCAGCAGCAGCAGCAGCAGCAGCCAGCUAGACCGUCUGAGUCACCUCCACAAGCGCUUGCGUUCGGUGGGCUGUCGUUUGAUGAGUGCAGGAGCGUCUUCCUCUCACCCAAUUCCCGCCAAGCAGCAGCCCAAGCCGACCUCUCGUCUGCCUUCGCCUCUGCCGCUGCCUCCCAUGCCGCUGCCUCCCAUGCUGCUGCCUCCUUUACCGCUCCUCUCUCCACUGCUGCUGGAGCCAGCGCUGCUGUCCUGGACGCCACCGCUGCCUUCUAUGAGGUGAUGGGCGCAGCUCUGAGCGCCGACCCUGCAGUGGUGAGCGCAGCUCUGAGCGCCGACCCUGCAGUGGUGAGCGCAGCUCUGAGCGCCGACCCUGCAGUGGUGAGCGCAGCUCUGAGCGCCGACCCUGCAGUGGUGAGCGCAGCUCUGAGCGCCGACCCUGCUGCCUCCGAUGCCGCUGCAGCGGUGAGUGCAGCGACCGGCCCCUGCUCAGCUGCCAUCGACGUGCCCAAGAAGCGCUCAAGGGAGGGCUGCAGCACGGGGCUUGGGGCCGACCCACCAGUGCGGGGCGGAGCUGAGAAUGGGGCGGCCCGCGACGACCCUGCAUUCAGCUGCGAGGACCCUGGCUUCAGCGUGCCAUCUGCAGCACUGUCAGCGCCGCUGUCCACCCAACUUGCUGUGCUGGCCGGCUGUGGUCCCGGGAAGGUGAGGCGGUGCUACGGAGGGACUGCCCUCACCAAUGCUUGGGAUGGAGGGCAGGAGCUGACCCCGUCGACUGACACCUGCACCGAGGUGCAACGCAAUGGGUCUCUCUUUCUCGACACGUGCCACUUGGUGCACCAACUCCCUCUCCUCAUGCAAGAAGCCCAGCCAGACCAGGGCUCUCUUCCGCUUCCCACGUCCCCACCUCACCUGUGGCUGUCUGGUUCCUUCCCUGCCGCCCACCUGCCCGUGCCACCCCUGCCAUCCGCCUUCACCCCCUGUGCUCCCUCCCACCUGCCCUUGGUGAGUGAGCCUGAGGGACGGGCGCUGGCAGUCCCAGCUGCUGGGGCAGCCAUGGCAGAGUGGGCGGUGGAGCAGCGAGGAAGCGGGGAGGGAGUUGCUGAAUCGCACUGCCCCCAUCAGCAGCAGCAGCCGCAGCAUCACCUGCAGCAGCAGCCACAGCAUCACCUGCAGCAGCGGCAGCAGCGGCAGCAGCAGUUCCCAGACCUUCACGUGUGUGCACGCAUGUACUCGUGUUCAUUGCACCAGUCCCUGCCACAGCCUCGACCACACGUACCGCCACAGCCACUUCAAGAGCCACUACCACACCCACUGUCACACCCACCGCCGCAGCCAGUGCCGCAUGCUCUUCUGCAGCCUCUCCAUUCCCAGCAGCCAGUGCACAAGGACUGUGCAAACACCCCUCAAGGUGCCAUGCGAAUGAUUGCGAACCCAAGGGGUUCGCGCAUGCGCACGCUCAUGCCGCGCCCGCUGCCACGCUCACUGCAGCAAUCUUUGCCACACUCCCUGCCAGGCACUUCGCUGGUGCAUGGGGGUUUAAUCCAUAUACCAGGGGAGUUAAGGAAUCGUGGCGGUGCUUCCGUACCUCGGAUGCAGGAUACUGUGGAAGCUCACAUGGCUUCCGAAUAUCUCAACACGACGAACCACUACUUUAAUUCGUACGGAGGUUCCACGACAAGUGUACUUGAAGUUAGGGGGCCAACCACUUCGAGGCCCAUGAUUGGUUGGGGGUUCGACAUGCCAGACAGUGGCAAUGAGCUGAGGAGAAUAUGCAGCUUCACUAGUACAUACGCAUCCCCUCUUUAUACUCCCUCGCAAUGUGCCUUUGCUCAAAGCUCUUGUGCAUAUUCUGGCUAGGUUUGCAAUGCGUUUGACUAAGAUGCCCUUUACUUGAUAGA